AUGAAGCUGCCCAGGGCAGAGGAGUUUGAACAUGCCAGUGCUCAUGAAAAUGUUCUUGCUGAGGAACUGGACAGUGUUGGCCCUGGUCCCUGCCUUGGUGGUCCCUUAGACACAGACAAUGGGGAACGGGGGGUAUCCAAGGAUCCUCUGCUCUUCAUUCAACUAAACGAACUGUUGGGUUGGCCCCAGGCGCUGGAGUGGAGGGAGACAGGCAGGUGAUGCUGUUUUGAAGAAAAGCUAGAAGUAGAUGCGGGCCGGUGGAGUGCCCCCCCAUGUGCUACCUGGCAUUACCCCAGCCUCCAGAACCUUCGAAGCCUCUUGGCUGAGGGUUUGGUACUGCUGGACUGGAGGUGCCAAGCUCAGAGCCUCCUGUAGCUUGUGGAGCAGGUGAUCAGUGGGGAGUCACUGAGCCCGGAACUGAGAGGACAGCUCCAAGCCUUGCUGCUGCAGAGACCCCAGCACCACAUCCAGACCGCAGGCAUCAGGCUCUGCAGAGGGCCCAAUGCUUUCAGAAAUGCUACUUUUGAUGAGGACACCCCCCUGAAGCACCAGAACCCCUUGAAACAGAAGCUGCCUCCAGGAGCUGAGGCAGCAGCAGUGCUGGCAGGAGAGCUGGGCUUCCUGUCUCAGCCACUAGGGGCCUUCGUAAGACUGCGGGAUCCAGUGGUGCUGGAACCUCUUACAGAGGUGAUCCUGCCUAGCAGGUUUUUCUGCCUCCUUUUGGGUCCUCCUACCCUGGGAAGGAGCUACCAUGAGAUGGGUCGGGCAGCAGCUGUCCUCCUCAGUGACCCGCAAUUCCAGUGGUCAGUUCGUCGGGCAAACAAUCUUCAUGACCUUCUGGCAGCCCUGGAUGCCUUUCUACAGGAGCUGGUGACAACUCUUACCCCAGGUCGAUGGACCGGACAGCCCGGAUUCCCCCGCCCCAAAUGCCUACCCUCUCAGCAGAAAAAGGACUCUCCGCUCAGAACUGCAGAAAGUCACCGGCUUUCCCGUGGGAGUGCGGCCCAGGCAGGGGACAGGCACCACCCAUGGCCAGCAUUGCACCCAGCCCGGAGUUACAAAGGAAAGGGGCAGGUGAGGGGAGCUGUAUGGGAACAAGGGUUGGGAUCCUAUGGAAGAGAAACAGGGGCAUCAAAAUGUGCAGGCUGUUUUGGGGGUCUUAUCCAGGACGUGCGCCGGAAGGCAUGCUGGUACCCCAGCGAUUUCGUGGACGCCCUACACCCCCAGUGUUCUCAGCUGUGCUCUUACAUUUACCUGGCCACAGUAACGAACGCCAUCACUUUUGGGGGUCUGCUGGGAGAUGCCACUGAAGGUGCCCAGGGAGUGCUGGAGAGUUUCCUGGGCACAGCGGUGGCUGGAGCUGCCUUCUGCCUGAUGGCAGGCCAGCCCCUCACCAUCCUUAGCAGCACCGGGCCAGUGCUGGUUUUUGAGCGCCUGCUCUUUUCUUUUAGCAGAGAUCACAGCCUGGAAUACCUGCCCUUCCGCCUAUGGGUGGGCAUCUGGGUGGCCACGCUUUGCCUGGUGCUGGUGGCUACAGAGGCCAGCUUGCUUGUGCGCUACUUUCACCCGAUUACAGAGGAAGGAUUCUGUGCUCUCAUCAGCCUCAUCUUCAUUUAUGAUGCCAUGGGGAAAAUGCUGAACUUGAUCCAUGCCUAUCCAAUCCAAAGGCCAGGAUCUCCUGCCCAGGGUUGCUUCUGUCAAUUCCCAGGCCAGGAGGGAAAUGCAUCGGAUGUGGACAGCACAAAGCACGAAGACACAGAUGUCUUAAGUGUGCACCUAGGCCUGGUCAAUGCAUCCUUGCUGUCUCCGCCUGAGUGCAUCCAGCAAGGAGGCUCCCCUCGUGGUCCCAGCUGUCACACGGUGCCAGACAUUGUCUUCUCCCUUCUCCUCUUCUUUACGUCCUUCCUUUGUGCCAUGGCCCUCAAGCAUGUAAGGAAUGGCCGCCUCUUCCCCUCUGUGGUGCGCAAGGUGUUCAGCGAUUUUUCCUCAGUCCUGGCCAUCCUGCUAGGCUGCGGCCUUGAUGCUUUUCUGGGCCUAGCCACACCGAAGCUCUUGGUGCACGAAUUCAAGCCUACAUUCCCUGGGCGUGGUUGGCUGGUGUCUCCUUUUGGAGCUAAUCCCUGGUGGCUGAGUGUGGCAGCUGCCUUGCCCGCUCUGCUACUGUCUAUCCUCAUCUUCAUGGACCAGCAAAUCACAGCCGUUAUCCUCAACCGCGCAGAAUAUAGACUGCAGAAGGGAGCUGGCUUCCACCUGGACCUCUUCUGUGUAGCUGUUUUGAUGCUGCUCACAUCAGCGCUUGGGCUUCCCUGGUACGUCUCAGCCACUGUCAUCUCUCUGGCCCAUAUGGAUAGUCUUCGGAGAGAGAGCAUGGCCUGUUUCCCUGGUGAAGCCCCUCACUUCCUGGGCAUCAGGGAGCAGAGGGAUGACGGGCUGGUGGUGUUCAUCCUACAGGCGUUCUCCAUCUUCCUGGCACCUGUGGCCAAGUUCAUCCCAAUGCCUGUGCUCUACGGCAUCUUCCUCUACAUGGGAGUAGCAGCACUCAGCAGCAUCCAGUUCAUGAAGAGAGUGCAGCUAUUGUUGAUGCCAACAAAACAUCAGCCAGACAUGCUGCUCUUGCGGCAUGUACCUCUGAGCAGAGUCCACCUGUUCACGGCCAUCCAGCUUGCCUGCCUGGGUCUGCUUUGGAUUAUCAAGUCUACUCCUGCAGCCAUUAUCUUCCCACUUAUGUUACUGGGCCUCGUGGGAGUCAGAAAAGCUCUGGAGUGGGUCUUUUCACCACUGGAACUCCUCUGGCUGGAUGAGCUCACACCAGAGGAGGAGAAGAACAUCCCUGAGAGUGGACUGGAGCCAGAGCACUUGUUCAGUAGAGGUGGCAAUGAAGAUUCAGAAUUGAUGUAUCAGCCAAAGACUCCAGAAAUCAACAUCUCUGUGAAUUAG